UGUACAGGGAAAAUUAAAUGACGUCAGCGUACUCACUUGGUUAGGUAGGUAAGACAAUAACAAGUUUCACUUGAGUCUUGAGGAAGGACUGUGAGCACGCAUCGAAAUGUUCGCAAAGAUGUACUGGCUGGCGGUAAUAGGAGUUUGUGCGUACGUGGCGCACGCGCAGACUAUACCUCCUAACAAUACAGGGCUAGCUCCUACUCCCACUACCCCACGAGAGUGUGGUACCGGUAUGGUGAAAGGCUUGGAUCUCGGCCUGCAAAGCGACAAUGGUGAAGCAUGGCUUGGCUAUGGGGAGUUCCCGUGGAACGUCGUCAUAUUCAAGGUUGCACCAGCUAGCGAUGACUCAAACGAGACGUUUAACGUGUUUCUUGGAGGAGGUUCUCUGAUCCAUAUGAGGGUAGUCUUGACUGCUGCCCACUACGUAGUCACGGCGGAGGCUAACACUCUGAGGGUACGAGCAGGGGAAUGGGACAUGGGCUCUACGAAGGAACACUACCCUCAUCAGGACAGAGACGUCAGUAGUAUUGAAGUUCACAAGGAUUUCAUUCGAGGUACCCUGUACUACGAUGCGGCUCUGCUCUUCCUGAGCUCACCAGUGGACCCCGCCCCCCACAUCAACGUGGUGUGCCUCCCCCCUCCCAAGAGGCUUCAGGUGGAAGGCACCAGGUGCUUCGCGUCUGGGUAUGGCAAGCGGUACACCAAUGACACCUUCCAGAGCCUCCCUAAAAAGGUGGAGAUCCCAGUAGUGAAACAUAGCACCUGUCAGAAGCAGCUGAGGAGCACUCGUCUGGGCGCCAUAUUUGAGCUGCACCGUAGCUUCAUGUGCGCUGGUGGAGAACCAGGAGUUGACACUUGUAAAGGAGACGGAGGGUCAGCGCUGGUCUGUCCAAUGCAGUACCAGCCCGAUCGCUUCGUGCAAGCUGGUAUAGUGGCGUGGGGUGUCGGCUGUGGAGGCGGCGUGCCCGGCGUGUACUCCGACACGUCGGUCGUCCGGGACUUUAUCGACGACAAGAUGGCCGCCGUCGGGCUUGGCGACGAGAUGCUCUACGCUAGAUAUUAAAUAUUUAUUUGGAACACUGUCUUUUA